AUGGAUUUUAAGACGCUCAAAAACAAAGGCAGACUCAUACUGAAAAAACGAGAGAAGCUGACCGAAGACGUGGUUAAUCGUUAUACAGAUGAGGAAGCUCAACUUCAGUUGAACUUACUGGAAGAUGCUUUCAGUAAGUACAACGAUGCCUACGAUUUGAAAAUAGUGGAAGCCAACGACGAGGAAAUCGACAAGCUCAUAGAGGAUUUAGAAACGGUCAGUGACUACUAUGUUAAAGCUAAAGGUAAAUUAACAGGUCGGUUACAUGAACGGACAGCUGCGACAAGCGUGUCUGAAAAAAGUGAAAACUCUAACAAUACACUUAGACUGCCACCGAUUAAUAUACCUACAUUUGAGGGGGAUUUCGAUGAUUGGUAUCCAUUUAAAGACCAAUUUAUCUCCAUCAUCCAUUCUAACACCUCUAUCGACAACACACGUAAUAUGUACUACCCACCGUUGGGCGCGAUCGCAAUGUGA